AUGGGAAAAUACAUAUAUGGGCUUAACGACACUGUGUUAACAGUUCAAGUACUUCUUGAAGAUGUCCUCAAUGGUUAUGGAUUGGACAUAGAGCUUCAUAUUGACCUCUUUGACAAACCCUUCUGUUUGGGUUCGUAUAUGAUAUCGGAUAUUAAAGUAUCUCAAAUACAAUAUGGAGGACUUCAUGAUGUUCUUCCAAGUGCUUUCCUGUUAUAUCAGGCAUCCAAGAUAGUGGUUCAUUUUGUGUUUUGUGGUAUAUGCAAAGGUAGAUUCAUGUGUUUUGAUUUGAGCGUUGCUUCCUUUAAAAAAAUCGAUAAAGAGGAACCCAGAUACUUCCAAGGUAGUCGUACUUGGUGUUUUGUGUGGUGUGAGAUAACAGCCGUUUGCAACCUACAUUUAGGCUCGGCCGAUACAAAGUAUAUGAAACCAUUGUUCACUCGCUUCAUUCUUACUGCCCUCCAAUCAUAA